CUCUUUCAAGACAAGACUUGACCAACACUGGAGUGGGUUCAGGUACAUUCAGGAGUUGGUGCAUGCCCAGUACCUGCCAACAGUGCGUGACAGAGACGACCGAUUGCCCAGGCGGCUAGUGAGCCGAUCUUUUGGUGAAGAAGAUAAAUGUAAAGGAAAAAUGGCUGCAUAGCUCUGAUGCGGCCGUAUCACCUCACGUCCAUUAAAUGACUCAAAUUUCACCAUAUCAUAGAAGGCCUGAGAGGAGGGCCUGGUUCCUGCUGGGAUUUGUACUGACUCACUGAAAUCUUAACUUAUUUAAUUGUGGAUCAAGCUUUACUUCCUCUCAUGGUUGAGGAUGGGGCUUCGACAUAAAGGUGUGAGUGGACGGAUGUAAGAAAGGACCGUUAUGGUAACAUCAGGAGGCCAUCCCACACAAACAUCUCCCACCACAACUUCGUCUUAAAGCUCUAUAAAACAAGAGCCAGAACAAUUCCUCACAACUGUGCAAUAAGUCAGUACAGUAUGAGGAUUAGUGAACAUUUUUCGAAGAACAUUGUAAGCAUAAUUAAGGUAAAUGUCAACUCUCCGAUUGUUAAACAAUAUGAAAGUCAAGUUGGUGUUCUAGGAAACUGUGAGAAUAAACACAAGGUUCACACAAGUGAAUCUCUCCUGAAAAUAUCAUUUAAGUGGUUCAUUGUGUUAUAUAUUGUCUAAAUACAGGAUGAAGAGUGUUGCAAUGUUCAAACUAAACUAUUACCUUGUGACUUGCACUUGUGUACACUGCUAAUAAAUUUUCCAAUAUAUAAAUGUGACAUGUGUUUGCUGUGCUUGUGUACUGUUGAGACAAAGUUCACUUGUGGUAAAUGUUUCUCAUACAAGAGUAGCUCAAGAACCACAUACAUGUGCAGAAUUAUUAAUGCAAGUUUAGUUGUGAAAAGUGGAUAACCUUUGUAUGCGGUGCUAAAGUUACCCAAAUGUGUGUACACUGAUGGAUAUAUUUUCUUGUAUGGAGUGUUGUAAAGUGUGUAAAAGAUGGCCCAGUUUAUGAAUCAAAUAGCAGGACCUAGUGGGCCAAAUAAUGAUCAGUGUGGGGAAGUUUUUGGCAGUAAUGAUGCUUUGAAAAUGCAUACAUGUACACAUGAACACAUAGAUGAUAAGAUAAGUAUGAAGUGUGAAGAGUUUGAAGAAAGCUUUAACAGUGACUAUGAUGGGACACAUCAUGUGACUGCUGAUGAGACAGACAUUAAGUGUGAAAAGUUUGAAGAAAGCUUUAGCAGUGACUAUGAUGGGACACAUCAUGUGACUACUGAUGAGACAGACAUUAAGUGUGAAGAGUUUAACGAAAGCUUUAACAGUGACUAUGAUGGGACACAUCAUGUGACUGCUGAUGAGACAGACAUUAAGUGUGAAGAGUUUAAUGAAUGCUUUAGCAGUGACUAUGAUGGGACACAACAUGUGACUGUUGAUGAGAAAGGUCUUGAUGAAGAUUGUGGUAAAAGUUAUUACAGAGAAGACAAACUGAAGCAGCAUAUGGUUGUACACACUGGUGAGAAGAAUUUUGAGUGUGGUAAAAGUUAUUACAGAAAAUAUGAACUGAAGAAUCAUAUGGUUGUACACACUGGUGAGAAGAAUUUUAAGUGUAAAGAUUGUGGUAAAAGUUAUUACAGAAAAUAUGAACUGAAGAAUCAUAUGGUAGUACACACUGGUGAGAAAAAUUUUAAGUGUGAAGAGUGUGGUAAAAGUUAUAACAGAAAAGACAAUCUGAAGCAGCAUAUGGUUGUACACACUGGUGAGAAGAAUUUUAAGUGUGAAGAGUGUGGUAAAAGUUAUUACAGAGAAGACAAACUGAAGCAGCAUAUGGUUGAACACACUGGUGAGAAGAAUUUUAAGUGUGAAGAGUGUGGUAAAAGUUAUAACAGAAAAGGCAAUCUCAAGCAGCAUAUGGUUGUACACACUGGUGAGAAGAAUUUUAAGUGUGAAGAGUGUGGUAAAAGUUUUUACACAAAAUCCCAUCUGAAGAGACAUAUGGUUAGACACACUUGUGAGAAGAAUUUUAAGUGUGAAGAGUGUGGUAAAAGUUAUUACACACUUACUGAAUUGCAUAAGCAUAUGGUUGUACACACUGGUGAGAAGAAUUUUAAGUGUGAAGAGUGUGGUAAAAGUUAUUUCAGAAAAAGUGAACUGCAUAAUCAUAUGGUUGAACACACUGGAGAGAAGAAUUUUAAGUGUGAAGACUGUGGUAAAAGUUAUUUCAGAAAAUAUGAACUUCAGAAUCAUAUGGUUGAACACACUGGUAAGAAAAAUUUUAAGUGUGAAGAGUGUGGUAAAAGUUAUUACACAAAACCCCAUCUAAAGAGACAUAUGGUUAGACACACUUGUGAGAAGAAUUUUAAGUGUGAAGAGUGUGGUAAAAGUUAUUACACAAAAUCCCAUCUGAAGAGACAUAUGGUUAGACACACUUGUGAGAAGAAUUUUAAGUGUGAAGAGUGUGGUAAAAGUUAUUACACACUUACUGAAUUGCAGAAGCAUAUGGUUGUACACACUGGUGAGAAGAAUUUUAAGUGUGAAGAGUGUGGUAAAAGUUAUUACACACUUAGUGAAUUGCAGAAGCAUAUAGUUUUACACACUGGUCAGAAUUUUAAGUGUGAAGAGUGUGGUAAAAGUUAUUACACAAAACCCCAUCUCAAGAGACAUAUGGUUAGACACACUUGUGAGAAGAAUUAUAAAUGUGAAGAGUGUGGUAAAAGUUAUUACAGAAAUGAUCAACUGCAGAUGCAUAUGGUUUUACACACUGGUGAGAAAAAUUUUAAGUGUGAAGAGUGUGGUAAAAGUUAUUACAGAAAAGGUGAUCUGAACAGACAUAUGGUUAGACACACUACUGAGAAGAAUUUUAAGUGUGAAAAGUGUGGUAAAGGUUAUUACAAAAUCCCAUCUGAAGAGACAUAUGGUUAGACACACUGGUGAGAAGAAUGAUAAGUGUGAAGAGUGUGGUAAAAGUUAUUACAGAAAUAAUCAAUUGCAGAUGCAUAUGGGUUUACACACUAAUGAGAAGAAUUUUAAGUGUGAAGAGUGUGGUCAAAGUUAUUACAAAAUCCCAUCUGAAGAGACAUAUGGUUAGACACACUGGUGAGAAGAAUUUUAAGUGUGAAGAGUAAAUGGAAGUGUUUAUUGUAUUCCAUGUAGCAAAUGUAAUUGUAAUUAUGUAGGACAAACAGGAAAAACACUGCA